CCUGAGGGGAGUUGCAAAUUAGCUUAGCAAUAAACGGCUAGCAGAACAACAUCAGGUAAAAACAACAUUAAACAGCUUGUCUUUUAGUAAUAAACUCUGACAUGUUGGAGUUAAACAUUCACGGCGCUAAUUAAUAAAAUAAAGACCCUGGAUAUUUAUUUCAAAAUCCUCCGUUUUGUUGGAUUUUUCACUGAAGGUGUUUAGAGGCUAGCUUGUUAGCCGCGAAGCUAAGUCUCCUGUCAGUUCCUGAGUGCCUGGCCAUGGAGCUGGCACACAGUCUGCUGCUUAAUGAAGACGCUUUGGCCCAAAUCACUGAGGCCAAGAGACCAGUGUUCAUAUUCGAGUGGCUGCGUUUCCUCAACAAGGUCCUCGUAGCUGCCAACAAGGUCGAUGUGAAAGAAAAGCAGAAAAAGCUGGUGGAGCAGCUCACCGGUUUGAUCAGCAGUAACCCUGGACCUCCGACACGGAAGCUACUGGCUAAAAAUCUGGCCACGCUUUACAGCAUCGGUGACACGUUCACCGUCUUCCAGACCCUCGACAAGUGCAACGAUAUCAUCAAGAACAAAGAUGACACUCCGGCGUACCUGCCCACCAAACUGGCUGCGGUGGCGUGUGUCGGAGCGUUUUAUGAGAGAAUGGGUCGUAUGCUGGGCAGCUCUUUCCCAGAAACCAUCAACAACCUCCUGAAAGCCCUGAAGAAUGCUGAGUCACAGGGUCGAGGUGAGAUCCUCCUGAGCUUGCAGAAGGUCCUGAGCGGUCUCGGAGCUGCAGCUGCCUCAUGCCACAGAGACAUCUAUAAAAACGCUCGCUCUCUCCUCACAGACAGGUCCAUGGCCGUGCGCUGUGCCGUGGCAAAGUGUUUGUUGGAGCUGCAGAACGAGGCAGUGUUCAUGUGGACAGCGGAGCUGGAGAACGUGGCCACCUUGUGUUUUAAAGCUCUUGAGGGUUCCACAUAUGGAGUGCGUGUGGCCGUGUCCAAACUGCUGGGGACCGUCAUGGCGACGGCGCUCAUGCCCAAACAGGCUGCAGUGAUGAGACAGAAUGUGAAGCGCGCUACACUGGAUGAGGUCUUUGAGCUGAUGGCCACAGGCUUCUUGCGUGGUGGAUCCGGCUUCCUGAAGAGCGGCGGAGAGAUGCUGAAAGGUGGCGCGUCUGUCAGCAGGGAGGUGCGCGUAGGAGUCACCGAGGCGUACGUGGUGUUCGUGACGGUUCUGGGUGGUCAGUGGCUGGAGCGUAACUUUGCCACCUUCCUGAGCCACCUACUGGAGCUGGUCGCUCACCCGCGUGCCACGCAAAGCCACGUGGAGGCGGUGUACUCACGCCGCUGCGUCUCUUUUGCCCUGCGCGCCACAUUAGGUGCCCUGCUGGGAGAAAAGGCUCAGAUCGCUGCCGCCAAGGACAUCUGCCAGGCCAUCAGCAAGCAGAUGAGGGCAGUGGAGGCGGUGGUGAGCGACAGCAGCGGGGAGAAUAAGGGCACGGCGGCCGACGUCUCCGCCAGUCAACACGUGAUGGUGUGUGCCCUUAAAGAGCUGGGCAGCUUGGUGCAGAGUCUCAGUGCCACAGCUGCACCCCUCAUCCAGGAACCUUCCAUCGGUCUGUUGGAGACGGUGAUGUCGGUGCUGCUGCAUCCUAGUAUGGCAGCUCGUUUAGCAGCGGCCUGGUGCCUGCGCUGUGUUGCCGUGGCGCUGCCAAAUCAGCUGACGCCGCUGCUGGACCGAUGCGCUGAGCGAAUCAACGCCUUGAAGAGUUCGCCCGAAGCCGUGAGCGGGUACAGCUUCGCCAUGGCCGCACUGCUGGGUGCGGUGCACCAGUGUCCUCUGGGUAUUCCUCACUCCAAGGGCAAGAUGGUGGUGAGUAUAGCGGAGGAUCUGCUGCGCUCUGCGGCCCAGAACAGUCGUCUCUCUCUACACCGUACGCAAGCCGGCUGGCUGCUCCUUGGAGCCCUGAUGACUUUAGGCUCGUCUCUGGUGCGCUAUCACCUGCCCAAGAUGCUGCUGUUGUGGAGGAACGUGUUCCCUCGCUCGCAGAAGGAGCUGGAGGCUGAGAAAGCCAGAGGAGACAACUUCACCUGGCAGGUCACGCUGGAGGGUCGAGCCGGAGCGCUCUGUGCCAUGCGGAGUUUCGUGGCUCACUGCCCCGAGCUUCUCACCGAGGACGUGAUCCGGCGACUCAUGACUCCUAUAGAAUGCGCCAUGACCAUGAUGGCUCACGUUCCUGCAGUUAUAAAGGUUCACGGCGCUCAUCUGAAGGCCAGCGCUGCGAUGGUUCGCCUCCGGCUCUACGACAUCCUAGCCCUCCUUCCUCCGAAAACAUACGAAGGCAGUUUCAGCGCUCUGCUGAGGGAGCUGGUAGCCGAGUUUACUCUGACGGAUAACUCGUCCAACACGACCACGUCCCUGCUGCGUUCUCUCUGUCACUACGACGACAGCGUCCUCAUGGGCUCCUGGCUGCAGGAGACUGAUCACAAGUCCAUCGAAGACCAGUUGCAGCCAAACAGUGCGUCAGGGAGUGGCGCUCUGGAGCACGACCCCUCCUCUAUCUACCUUCGUGUUCCUGUCGGUGAGGCCGUCCCUGGGCCGCUGCCUCUCGGAGUGUCGGUCAUCGACGCAUCGGUGGCUCUUUUCGGUGUCGUCUUCCCCCACGUCUCCUUCAAACACAGGCUCCAGAUGCUGGAUCAUUUUGCUGAGUGCAUUAAACAGGCCAAAGGAGUGAGACAGCAGGCUGUGCAGCUCAACAUCUUCACUGCUGUGCUCAGUGCCUUGAAGGGUCUGGCUGAGAAUAAGAGUACUCUGGGUCCUGAGGAGGUGCGGAAAUCUGCGCUGGCUCUGGUGAUGGGAGCGCUAGAUAACCCCAACCCCAUUCUGCGCUGCGCCGCGGGUGAAGCUUUAGGUCGCAUGGCGCAGGUUGUCGGAGAGGCCACGUUCAUCGCCAGCAUGGCUCAACACAGCUUCGACAAGCUGAAGUCAGCUCGAGACGUCGUCUCCAGAACGGGUCACUCUCUGGCUCUGGGUUGCCUGCACCGCUACGUGGGUGGUAUCGGUUCGGGUCAGCACCUUAAGACCAGCGUCAGUAUCCUGCUCGCCCUGGCACAGGACGCAACAUCGCACGAGGUCCAGACAUGGGCUCUGCAUUCUCUGGCUCUGAUCGUGGACUCGAGCGGCCCGAUGUAUCGGGGUUACGUGGAGCCGACUCUGUCUCUGGUGCUGACUCUGCUCCUCACCGUUCCCCCCUCACACACAGAGGUGCACCAGUGCCUGGGCCGCUGCCUCGGAGCCCUCAUCACCACCGUCGGCCCCGAGCUCCAGGGCAACAGUUUGACGAUCUCGACCAUCCGCUCGUCAUGUCUGGUCGGCUGUGCCAUAAUGCAGGAUCACUCGGACUCACUGGUGCAGGCGGCCGCCAUCUCGUGCCUCCAACAACUGCACAUGUUUGCGCCGCGCCACGUCAACCUGUCCAGCCUGGUGCCCUGUCUCUGUAUGCACCUGUGCAGUUCUCACCUGCUUUUGCGCCGUGCGGCCGUGGCGUGUCUGAGGCAGCUGGUCCAGAGAGAGGCGGCAGAGGUGUGUGAAUACGCCAUGAGCCUCGCCAAGAAGGCUGGAGACAACAAGGACAGCACCACCAUCAACCUGAACAUCAGUGAGACCGGGCUGGAGGGCGUCCUGUUCGGGAUGCUGGACCGCGAGACAGACAGGAAGCUGUGCUCAGACAUCCACGACACACUGGGACACAUGCUGUCCUCUCUGGCAGUGGGGAAACUCUCACACUGGCUCAAACUGUGCAAAGACGUCCUCGCUGCAACAACGGAGGUCGGAGGUGCCGUGGCAUUCGAGGUGGAGAAAGAAGAAGAGGACUCGGAGAAGAAGGACGAAAUGGACGAUGACAUCAUGUUCACGGGGCUGGGCGAGGACGACAAGUCAAAGCCGUCCGUCGCCCCUCGCUGGGUGACUCGCGUGUUUGCCGCCGACUGCCUGUGCCGUAUCAUUCACCUGUGUGAAAACGCAGACAGGAUACACUUCGACCUGGCGGCAGCUCGAUCGGCCAAAGCCAAGAACCCUAAAGGUGACCUGCUGGUGCUUCAUCUGUCCGAUCUGAUACGAAUGGCCUUCAUGGCCGCCACAGACCACAGUCACCAGCUGCGCAUGGCCGGGCUACAGGCUCUCGAGGACAUCAUUAAGAAAUUUGCCUCUGUGCCUGAACCGGAGUUUCCUGGUCAUGUGAUCUUAGAACAGUACCAAGCCAACGUUGGUGCAGCUCUUCGUCCCGCCUUCUCUCCCGACACGCCCUCUGACAUCACGGCCAAAGCCUGCCAGGUGUGCAGCACCUGGAUCGGCAGCGGUGUAGUGAGCGACCUGAACGACCUGCGGCGCGUCCACAACCUGCUGGUGUCGUCCCUGGAUAAAGUGCAGGCGGGUAAAGGCUCGUCCAGCCAGCUGUACAGCGAGAGCGCCACCACUAUGGAGAAACUUGCAGUGCUCAAAGCCUGGGCCGAGGUCUACGUGGUGGCGAUGAAGCUGAAGAAGGAGGCGGAGUCGAGGCCGGCACGCCCUGUGCGCAGCAGCGAGGAUGAUGACGACGAGGAAGAAGAGGGUGUCGAAGGUGGCGUGCUUCCUGCGGACAGUCUGAUUACACUGGUGCAGCCUGAGCUGCCGUGUCUGAGCCGCCUGUGGCUCGCCGCACUGAGAGACUACGCCCUGCUCACGCUCCCGGCCGAGUUCGCCAGUCAGCUGCCUCCUGAAGGUGGAGCGUUUUAUACUCCUGAGACCAUUGACACGGCGCGUCUGCACUACCGCAGCUCCUGGGCUCCCAUCCUGCAUGCUGUCGCUCUCUGGCUCAACACGACCGACUUCGGGGCCACCGAUUGUCUCGAGGAGCCUCAGAACGCCACCAGCACCGGCUUUCCUCAGGGUCCUGCUGCUCCCAGCAAGAGUCACGACGAGCUGGUCAAAGACAGAAUGCAUCUGCUCCUGGGCAUCAGUAUUGAGUUCCUGUGCUUCCCAAGGCCUGAGGAACCCAUCGAGCGGGUGAUGUCAUGCCUGCAGGCUCUGAGCACGCUGCUCGAGUGCCCACGGGCUCGGAAACACAUCGCAGAGGAUCAGUUGCUGGCCGUGGAGCUGCUGAACGUCCUGCACAGGUUGUUAUUAACACGUGACCCUCCUAGCGUGCAGCUGCAGGUGACUGCCGUGGUGCAGGAAACCAUCCGCUGUGCUCACGAACAUCUCGAGCAGCUCAGGAGCUCUGAGAGUGCUGAGGAAGGCGGGGAGAAGAGGCUUCUUGGAGAGGGAGGAGACUCGGGGGAGCUGCAGCCGGGGAAAUCUCUGGUUUUUGCCGCCAUGGAGCUGCUUGUGUUCCUCCUGGUGCGUCACCUUCCUCAAAUCAACACCAAAGCGUCAGACUCCCCGAGCCACGUUCCCAUCAAACCCCAGCAGCUCUCCGAGCACAGCAACCGCCUGCUUGCUGUCACUGUGGGCAUCCUGGCAGAACUGCCUGCUCUGUGUUCUCCUGCAGGGGGCAUGACCAUCCUGCCCACGGUACUGUUCCUGAUCUGUGGAGUUCUGAGGGAGACAGCGGUGAAGACAGCAGACGGCGUUGUGUCCCCUCCUGUCUCCGCCUCUCUGCAGGCCAUCAAGACUAUCAUCACAUCUCCGCUGAGCCGUGUGGGGCACAUCCAGCAGCAGUGGAGCAGCCUGGUGAGGAGCAGCCUGGCGUCGGUGCUGGAGUACUCCAAGCCUGAUGAGUGCAGGCCAGGUGUGGAUGAGAUGAGCAUGCUGACGGCAAUCACUCUCUUCCUCGUGUCUGCCGGCUCUGAGCUGCUCGGAGUCACCAGCUUACAGAAGGGCUGCAUGGAGCAUUACAGAAAUGCCCUUAACUCCAGCGACCCUCUGGUGCAGGUGCGGUGUUACCAGCUGCUGUUGUCCGUGUUCCAGCACUCAGUGCGCGCCCUCUCCACCCCCUACAUCCACGCUCUCGCUCCUGCGCUGGUGGAGAAGCUGAAGGCGGCGGAGCGCUCGCGUCCUUCCACUCCGGCUGAGCUGCUCGCCGUGCAGGAGGGGGUCCGAGUACUCGAGGGCCUAGUGGGGCUUGGCGAGGAGCAGAACCGAGUUCAGCUGCUGGCUCUGCUCGUCCCCACUCUCAUCUCCUACCUGCUGGACGAGAACGCCUUCUCCUCGGCUCCGCCCACCUCCAAGGCUCUUCACGAGUUCGCGCUGCAGAACCUGAUGCGCAUCGGCCCGCUCUACCCCGCUGCCUUCAAAACUGUCAUGGGGGCAGCCUCGGAGCUCAAGCCCCGCCUCGAGGCAGCCAUCAGGGCCAAUCAGGCCAGCAACAAGGCCAAGGCCACGGCCAGACAGGCCACGCCCGCUGUGCAGGCCACACCCACUAUUAAACUCAAGACCAACUUCUUCUAGGAGCUUUAGUUACAUUUUUGGGACCAUAUUGGUAUAAAAUGGGGUUUAAAUGUUAAAAUACAAUGUUUUGUGUGCAUUGGAACGUGUGUGUGUGUGUGUGUGUGUGUGUGUGUGUGUGUGUGUGUGUGUGUGUGUGUGUGUGUGUGUUGGAAACCUUCCUGUUAGCUGUCGUAACAAACCAGCUGGGUUACAAUACUUUGCACCUUAAUCACAGAAGAUUCAUUCCAUCAAUUAGAUUUUUUUUCUUCUCAUUUCUUUCAAACUUUUUUUUACUCUUCUUCUCUUUGUCUUUCGACGCGUCUCUAAACAUUUUGUGACUGGGAGAUUUUGUUGUUGUCGUUAUGGACGUUAUCGAUUAUUGUGAAACAGGACACAUGGAAGUGUUUCUGUGCUGCUGCUUCAUUCAGACCCACAUGUAAACAGUAAAAGGUCUCUGUACAUACCAGCGCACGUUCGGCUCCCCUCUUAUUUAUUACUCAGCCGAUGAGUUCCAGUGAAGCUGCACAGAUGUUAAAGUUCGUUACGGUUUUAUCGUCUGAUCGUUUUAGAAUAAAUACGAGUCGUCUUCGAGAAACCCUGCUGAAAACUGUAACAUGAUCACAAUAAAGAAAACAUGACACAUGAA